UCAACAUAUGUUUUACAUUUAUGUUUCUCACCAUGCGUCGGGAUUUAGAAUUCAAAUACUAAAUUUAAUCAUGCUAAUGGUUAUAUAUGAAAUAUGUAUAAAAAUUUCCAUUACAAUUUCAUUAAAAAGUCUUGACGCGUAGACUCAUACAUCGAUUCUAAAUGGAGAUUAUAUAUAUGAUGGAAUAGGUAACAUUUGGAUCAAAUAAUUAAUUACAUAUAUAUGCUUGUUUUGGUUCUAAUUGACAACUGUAUGAGAUGACUAUAUUAUAGAAUGUGAGACUCUGAGUGUGAGAUAUGUGAAAAUGAAUUCUUGACGCGUUGAUAAUUUCAUUAAUAAAUCCCUCUUUUGUUAAAAUAUAUUUCACUUUAUGGUAAUGGUUACACAUAUGAAAUAUGUAUAAAGAGUUUCAUUAAAUCCCUCUUUUGUUAAAUAUGUUUCACUAGGAAAAUUUGUUUUUAUUAAAAGUAAAUAAAAGGUUUCCACCAAGUCUUGGCGCGUAGACGCAUACACUGAUUCUAAAUGAAGAUUAUAAGAUGGAUAGGUAACAUUUGGUUGAAUAAAUUAAUUACAGAUAAGUGAGAUUUAAAUAAAAAAUUCUUUUUAAGGAUUUAUCAUGACAUAUGUAUCUGCAUGUUUUAGUUCUAUAUGACAACUGUAUGUGCUGAAUAUAUAGAAUGUGAGAGUAUGAGAUAUGUUAACACAAAUUGAAAUCUUGACGUGUUGAUAAUUUGAUACAUAUAUGUUUAAUAUGAGUAUAUAAAAGGUUUUCACCAAGUCUUUUAUUCUUAUUUAACAAAUUUUUUUUAGUAAAAAUGUUAAGAUAUUAUUAUCAUUUUUUGUUUUUGACAAAACUACAAAAGAUAACAAAAAGUAAAAAAAUCGAAUAAAAACUAAACACAAACUCUAAUUAGCUAAAACAGGGGCCGACACUAAACCAGAACCGCAAACCAGAGCCUCGACGAAGUCCACACCAACCGCUUACCGCAAAAGGAUGAGCCAAGUUCAACCGAGAGUCGGAACCCGGUAAUUUUGGCUUCUCCGAUAAUCCGCUUUUAAAAGUAAUGACCCAUACGAGAACAGCUUGCGGAGAGUUUCAUAGAACCAGCCCAUAGGAACAAACAGCAACGGUAGAGGCCAAGCACACUCGCGUUGACCAAACGAGCAUUUACCGUUAUUUAACAAACUUUUCACCAAGUCUUCACGCGUACACGUAUACAUUGAUUCUAAAUAGAGAUUAUAAGAUGAAUAGAUGACAUUUGGAUAGAUCAAUCACAGUUGAGUGAGGUAUAAAUAGCAUAUUAUGAAUUAAACAAUGAUAUGUGUUUGCAUGUAUUAGUUCUAAAUGCAAUUAUAUGAUCAUGAAUAGCUAGAUAGAAUGUAAGAGUAUGCUAUAUGUGAAUGAAUGAAUGAAUGGAAUCUUGACGAGUUGGUAAUUUGUUCAACAUAAUCAUGUUUUAUUCUAUAUAUAUAAUUUUCACUAUAAACAGUUAAUAUAAUCAUGAGUCAUUUUUAAUGGAUUUAUUAUACAUUUGAUCCAAUUACAUAAAACGAAAUAUUUUAGUAUUUUACCACCUCAAAAAGAUAAUAUUGUUUGAUGAUUCACCUACCUAUAUUAUUGAUAUAACUCUUUUUUUUUGUUCCACUAUAUAUAUAUACUCUUAGGAACUUGUCCAUAUACACAAGGUAAGAAUAACACCAAUUAUUGUUACUAACAAUGGAAAAAUUCACACCACACUCGUAGUGUUAUAUGGUUUGUCUUAAAACUAAUCAUGUUUCCAUUUUUUUUUUUUUUUUUUUUUUUUAAAUUAGUGUGUUAAAAAAAAAAAAAAAAAAAAAAAAAGCUUUUUAAUUAGUUUAUUUUCUUCUUCUUUUUUGGCUCUGUAAAUGAGAAAAUGCAACGUGUUUUUGUCUUUCUGAAAGUGAUGACUUUUGCAAUAAUUCCGAUUUCUACCUGCCCACGUGGCUGUCUGAUUGAUCUAGGAGGAAAAAAAUCAAAAUGUUGGUGUUUAUCAACUAAUAGUGUUGAGUAAAUAUACGACUGGGGAUGUUUGUACUGUGCACUAGGACUAAAGUUAAAUUUCAGUUGGUGGUAGAUAGUUGAAGUGAAGAAAAGAGAUAUUCUAGACUGACAGAAGCUACAAAAGCAUGAAUACUACAAGAGAUAGCGAAUAAUUACAAAUAUAUCACUUGUCAAGAGAAGAUUUUUAUGAAAAAGUUAAACAAAACUAAUAAUACGAAGCAAUUCAAUUAAUAUUUCUAUGUCGAUAUUAUAAGAAACAUAAGUUCAAUUACAAUUUAAGCUAACAUGAGAUUAUCUUUACGUCAUUUUUUGUAUUAGGAGAAUAAUCAAAUCAUCAAUCAACACGAGAACAAACAUUUGUUUUAACUUCCAAAUUUCAAAUUAUUGUUUAAUAUAUUAUUUUUUCCUCUAAUCAUCUAAAAUACAUAUUUACAAAAUAUUUGAUUAUCAAACGAUAAUUGUUUUAAUCUUCACUAAUCUCACGGUCCACCAUAAAUAUUUGAUUUGAAUAUUUUUUUGUAAAAUAUGCUAAAACAUUUGAAUAAUAAAAAUAUAAUUUAUUUUAAUAUAUUAACGCUGUGUUAUUUUUUAUUACUUAUAAAUUCAAGACGCUCAAAGUAUAUAUUUAGCAUGAUUAGUUUUUAAAGCCUGAAAACAUUAUAUUGAAUGGUAAAAAAUAACAAAGUUACAUUUUUAAAAUAAAAAAAAUAGGAAACAUGAGCAUGUGAAAAAUGAUGUACUAUAAUCUAUCAAAAUAUCACCAUAUCGUUUUAUAAAAAAAUAUGUUCAAGAAAACAUUGUUGUGCCCAAAAGUCAAUUCUGUAGUUCAAAAACAUUAUCAGAACGAAACAUAAAACGCAACAUACUAUUCUAUGCUUUAGUCUCAAACGCAUUAUCUGGCUAAUCUUACAAAUCAAGACAAGAAAACCAACUUAAUGUUUAGUAAUGCAUAACCGGACUUCGUUUGAUUCGAAGUUUCAAACCGAUAGCAACUUCCCAAAAUAACACUUUCUAAAUAAAGUUUAGAUGUUUGUUCACAAGACUGUUGAGUCGUUUGAGAAAAAAAAAACCCUCCAAAAUUAGCAAACAUGCAAAACCACUCAAGCUUCUUCAUUCUCAAUAAUAAAAGCGGAAUCUGUUUCUUUAUAGUUCUUUGUGUCCUUCUCAGAAGUUGCAGAACCAAACGAAAGAAAACAAACACCAUCGGCCUUGGUUUUUAGAUGUUAAUGCUAAAUUAACUAGUAUCAUGGUUCGCUUGUGAAACACGUUAUUAAAGUUUCUUGUGAAGCAAGUCUUUAACAUGUCUGCAAGAAUAGUAGACAAUGGCAUAAUCACGGUGAUAGCCAUUGAUAAAGACAAGAACAGCCAACACGCUUUGAAAUGGGCGGUUGAGAACAUUCUUGUCGAUUCUCCACAAUGUGUUCUUCUCCACGUUGAACCUAAAGGAAACACAGGAGCACAUAUACAACGUGACAAUCAAGAUGAUUCGCAUCAGUUCUUUCUUCCUUUCAGAGGAUUCUGCUCUAGAAAAGGAAUUAUUCCCAAGGAGGUUCUUCUUAGAGAGAUUGAUAUCUCUAAUGCUAUUGUCAGCUACAUCACUAACAAUUCCAUUUCAAAUAUCGUUGUUGGCGCAUCUUCUCACAAUGCCUUUUUCAAGAAGUUUAAGAGACCAGAUGUGCCCACCACUUUGCUUAAAACGUCUCCAGAGACUUGCGCAGUCUUUGUUGUCUCAAAAGUUAAACUGCUAAAAAGCAAAUCCGCAAGUCAGGCUCUGAAGCAUCAUCCCAUACAACAAAGUCUCUCUACUUUGUUGUACAAUAAUGAGCCAAGGAGCUCCAACUAUUCAAGUGAUUCAGAGAGGGAUUCAGUUGUAUCUACACAACACAGCAAACCCAUGUCAGAUUUCUCCCAAACCAGUUCACCUCCUCGCAUCUCAACACAGCAAAAUCUGAGUGAGUGUUCUCAGUCAGACACUGACAAUGGAAGUUAUGGUAUGGUAUCAACUGUGACUUCUUACACUAUAUCUCAAAGUUCCACUACCAACGGAAGCUCCAUCUCUUCAACAUCCACGGAGAGUCCACAUGCGGUAACUUUCAUGGAACAACAGAAUCAAAAUCUUGAAGCCGAGGUGAGGAGAUUGAGACAAGAACUGAAGCAGUAUAAUCCCUCAAACAACAAAGAAAGCUCUCAAGAACAUAAACUACCUAGAGCCAAAGGUGUUAGAAGACUAGACCAAGCAAUAGAGAUGCCUAGAGCAUUGUCUGAGGAGAAUCAGAAUAGGCUUUCAGCAAUCCAAGCAGCUGAAAUAGCAAAACAAUUAGCAAAAAUGGAGAGCCAAAAGAGAAAGUUACUUGAGAUGCAAGCCAAGUUGGAGAAACAAAGAAUGGCAAGCAACGUCUCUUACAGACGUUACAGUAUCAAAGACGUUGAAGGUGCUACCAAUGGAUUUUCAGAUUCCUUAAAGAUCGGUGAAGGAGGGUAUGGACCUGUGUACAAGGCCGUCCUCGAUUACACUUCUGUCGCCAUUAAAAUCUUGAAGUCUGGUAUCACACAAGGCCUCAAACAGUUCCAACAAGAGGUUGAGGUUCUGAGUAGCAUGAGACAUCCUAAUAUGGUGAUCCUCCUCGGUGCAUGUCCUGAGUAUGGUUGUCUUGUUUACGAGUACAUGGAGAAUGGAACGCUUGAAGAUCGUCUCUUCUGUAAAGACGAUACGCCUCCGCUUUCGUGGAGAGCAAGGUUCAGAAUCGCUGCUGAGGUUGCCACAGGGCUUCUUUUCCUUCACCAUGCGAAACCUGACCCGUUGGUUCAUCGUGAUCUGAAGCCGGCAAACAUUCUACUCGACAGACAUUUCACUAGCAAGAUUAGUGACGUUGGUCUAGCUCGUCUUGUACCUUCCUCUGUGGCUGAUAGCUAUAGUAACUAUCACAUGACUUCUGCAGCUGGUACAUUCUGUUACAUCGACCCUGAGUACCAGCAAACCGGAUUGCUGGGAGUGAAAUCUGAUCUGUACUCUUUUGGUGUGGUGCUUUUGCAAAUGAUAACAGCCAUGCCAGCAAUGGGGUUAGGCCAUAAAGUAGAGAUGGCGGUUGAAAACAACAAGCUCAGUGAACUUUUCGAUCCAAAGGUAUCAGAAUGGCCUGAGGAAGAGACUCUGGAGUUGGCUAAAUUGGCUUUACAGUGCUGUGAGUUGAGGAAAAGAGACAGACCUGAUCUCGCUUCUGUAGUGUUACCGGCUCUGAACAGGCUAAGAGAGUUUGCAAGAGAGGAUCAUGAACGUAUCAAGAACAGAACAUCUCAUGUGUCACAAUCUAACUAUUCAGAUCCGGUUCCUUCCUCUCAGGUUAGUUUCUUAGAACCGUUCUGCUACACAUGGACUAGAAUCUAGACCUUAGCUGAUCAAGAGACAUAUAAACAAACCUUUGUGUUCUGCACACAUGCUAUAAGGUUUUAGAUAUGUUAACGGUAGAAAGAGGAUGAAAUGAAAAAAAAUCCUAUUUGAGUAUUGACAGAAAUUUAAAAAAAAACAUGGACGUAGAUUAGCAGGAAGCCAACUUUGGGAGUACCUGAGAUCCGCGGCGAUCUUGAUCAGUUAAAGACGCGUAGUCAUUCAGUACCAAGAAGAAGUAGACGACCUCCAAGAUCAGAAAGAAGUAGCCAGUACAAAGGCAACCGUUGGUCUUUUAUGAGUUGUGCACCUUCCAAAAGUUCAGUGGGGUGAUGAUCUCCCAUAACAUAUUUUUAUAGUCGUAAGUCAUGUAAAACUAAACUCUUCUUAAAGAAGAUUUGUUUAUUAUUGGAAGUUCGUCUGACAGGAACAUUAAUUUUCUGUAACAGAACAUAUUUUACUAAGCAACUGCAAAACAUUGAAAUUUGAAGA